AUGACGCCCGAAGAAGGGCUGGGUGUGGAAAAAGACGCGCUUGGCGAGCCGAUGACAGAAGAUGCACAUGAUAGCCCUCUUCCAAGAGAAAUUGCUCCUACAACGCUGGGCAUAGCGCUCAGUCAAGGCACGUACGACUCGCAGCCUUCGUCGCCGUCGCCGUACCGUGAAAUUGCGCCCAACACUGUGGUACCUCCAUCGCACGUCUUACCGCCAGGGUUCCGAGGCCCGAUUCCAAGAGAUAGCGAUGCAGAGACAUUUGCGCCACUGCCCUCUUUUGUGCCUGUGCACGAAAAUGCGUCACUUGGGAACGUGACCAACUUUCCGAUGAACAAGGGCGGAUGGCGGUACACCGCUGCAGGUCCUGCAGCACACUGGCUUCCAAAAACCGUGUUCCGCUCGCUCGAGUUUCUUCCCGACGGCGUGCAUUGGUCGUGGCAGGACCGCAGUGCGUUUACACGAAUUAGCCAAAAUGCCAUGACGCUCGGAGUGGACAAAGGGUUUCGCAGUGCGCGUACAAAUGUCGGUGUGCGGCACGGCGCGUGGUACGUCGAAAUAGAGGUACUACCGCCCGACGCAUCGAGCCUACCUGCCACUCCCAUGCGCGAUGGUCCGCAUGCGCGCGUUGGUUUUGGCAGGCGCGAGGCUUCGCUCAAUGCACCGGUCGGCUGGGAUGCGUACAGCUACGGGUACCGCGACCAGAACGGAGCAAAAGUCACUUGUUCACGGCCGGCACCUUUUGGCCGUGCAUUCGGUGUGGGAGAUGUGGUGGGUAUGUAUAUCCGUCUUCCACCGAGCGAUGCCCCGUUGUUCCCUGGUACCGAGCACCAAAUCCACCAAAAACGUAUCCCGAUCCGCUACCGCGGCCAAUUGUACUUUGAGAGUCUCGAAUACCCAGUGACAAAAGAGAUGGAUGCGGUCAUGGACAAGGCGCGCCACGGCGAGGACGCUGUUGCACCGUCCAAAUCGAACGAGCGUGAAGAAAAGCGACCCGCACGCUCGACCGGUGCAUCGCAGCCGCUGCGUCCGUUGCCAGUCUUGCCAGAGAGUUGUAUUGGAUUUGUGGUGAACGGUGCGCCGCAAGGGAUUGCGUUUACCCAUUUAUACGACUUCCGCCCGCUCUGUGCGCACCCAUCGGUCGCCAAAGGGAAACGAGAAAAGAAACGGGGCGAGGGCGCAAACAGCACGCCGGAGCCGGUCAUUACGCAGCAUACUAGCGUGUCUACAAUCAUGCGCAGUAGACAGAAUGCAUUCGACGACGGGACGCUGGGCUACUAUCCGAUGGUAUCGCUCUAUGGAGGCGCUCGAGCACGCCUCAUUACGCGCGAGUUUGUCUUUCCCCCACCGGCGGAUCUGGAAGAUCAACUGUGGGGGUGCACAGCACAGCGUGGGGAAAAUGCCGUGCACAAAAGCGCGGCACCACUAUGGCGGCCACUGGAAGAUCGAUUUCAGGAGCACCUUGCCGAGCUGGAAGCGUGCGAUGCGCGUGCGGAGCAGGAUACGCAGCCAGACAAUAGCGACUGA